GUCGAUAAUAACUAUUCCAGUCCGUUAUGGCAGUGGACACUUACUACUCACAUAACCGAAGUGUUAUUCGUCGAGCACGUGCGGGGGAUUUAUUAGAAUUCAACCGUGGAUGGUACUCCCAUUGGGCAGUCUACAUUGGGAACGAAGAGAUCGUGCAUCUUGGUGGUAUCGACAAUGAUGGAAUCAAUGGUACCUUAAAAUCCAAUCACGUUUUCACGAUCUGCGGGAAAACAUUUAACAAAGCUGUAGUGAAGAAAGAGAACUUCUGGAAAGUGGUAUUUGACUCCAAAGUCGAAAUCAACAACACUAAAGACAGAAAAUGCAGGCCCAAACCAGCUCAUGUGAUUGUUAGAGAAGCACUGAAUAAGCUUGGAGAGAUUGGUUACAAUGUUCUCUGGAAGAACUGUGAACAUUUCGCAGCUUUCUGCAGAUAUGGUGUCAGCUGGUCAGAACAGGCAGACAAAGCCUUGACAGGGAUCUUGGCAGUGGGAGCAUCUGUGGUAGUGGGAGGAAUAAUCAGAGAGUUGUGUAAAGGCAAGAAAGAGAAAGAUUGA